AUGACACUCUGGUCUCGCGGCAGCGUCAAGCUAUCGCCAAUCUACGGAUUCCUACAAAGACUAUGUCAAAUCAACGGGCAAAAACCUUCUGGACAGCGUGAAAACAUCGACAAUGAGAGAGACGCUGUGUCCGGCAACGAUUUUUUCUCAUCUCGUGUCGCAGAUAUGACCACGUUUCUGGAAGACAUGGGUGGUUUUGUAUCCGAUCGCAUGCAACAUUCCGGGCAAGCCAGCAUGAAAUACCUGGCAAACAAUGUGAGCAAGGGCCUGUUAAAUUUGAUCGCUGGGCUGGACGAAGUCGUGGCCGAACAAAACUCUUUGAAGGGCCUUUCCUUGGACGUGUUGCCACCAGUGCUGCCGCACGAGCUGGUGAAACUGAAUGGACGUGACUUUACCGCUAUUGUAUGCGUACAACGUGAAUGUCUUGCUGCUCGUUAA